AUGGCUUCAACAAACGGCAGUACGGAGAUAUCUCAAGCUGAUAAGAAUGUAGAAAUGUGGCGGAUCAAAAAGUUGAUCAAAAGUUUGGAGUCUGCUAGAGGUAAUGGGACGAGUAUGAUUUCGCUCAUCAUUCCUCCAAAGGAUCAGAUUACUAGGAUAGCGAAAUUGUUAGCCGAGGAGUAUGGGACAGCAUCUAAUAUUAAAAGCCGUGUGAAUCGCUUAUCCGUCCUGAGUGCGAUAACCUCUGUACAACAACGUCUGAAGUUAUACACUAGAGUUCCUACCAAUGGCCUUGUUGUAUAUUGUGGGACAAUAGUCACUGAGGAUGGUAAAGAGAAAAAGGUCAACAUCGAUUUCGAACCAUUUAGACCAGUAAACACGUCUUUAUAUCUUUGCGACAACAAGUUCCAUACAGAGGCCUUAGUAGCGCUGCUAGCAGAUGACAGCAAGUUCGGAUUUAUUGUCGUUGAUGGUAAUGGGGCUUUAUUUGGGACAUUAUCGGGAAACACUCGCGAGGUUCUGCACAAAUUUACGGUAGAAUUGCCGAAAAAACAUGGUCGCGGAGGUCAAUCUGCACUUCGUUUCGCACGUUUGCGGAUGGAAAAGCGGCACAACUAUGUUCGCAAAGUAGCCGAGACAGCAACGCAACUUUUUAUAACAAACGAUCGACCGAAUAUCGAAGGUCUCAUCCUUGCGGGGAUUGCUGACUUCAAGAGUGACUUAGGACAAUCUGAUAUGUUUGAUCAAAGGCUUCAAGCAAAGUUGAUUAAAAUAGUAGAUAUAUCAUAUGGUGGUGAAACAGGAUUUAACCAAGCUAUCGAACUGGCCACAGAUACACUUUCUGGCGUAAAGUUCAUUCAGGAAAAAAAACUGAUUCAAAGAUACUUUGACGAGAUAUCUCAAGAUAGUGGAAAGUACUGUUUUGGCGUUGAGGACACCUUGAAGUCCCUAGAGAUGGGUGCUGUGGAGACCCUCGUGGUGUGGGAGAACCUUAGUGUAAACCGCUACGUCCUCAAAGUCCCGAAUUCUGAAGGAAAUAGAGUUAUACACCUGCGUCCUGACCAGGAAACGGACCGACGACAUUUCAUUGACCCGGCGACAGGAUCUGAUUUGGAAAUUCUAGAUACUCAGCUUCUUCUAGACUGGCUCGCCCUAAACUACAGAUCUUUUGGGACGACUUUAGAAAUUGUCACUGACAAGUCUCAGGAAGGUGCUCAGUUUGUUCGCGGCUUUGGUGGGAUAGGUGGUAUUCUACGCUACCAACUCGAUUUUAAUCAUUUGGCGGGUGGAGAUGUUGAUUUUGAGGAUGACUUCAAUCUUGAUGAUUACUGA